GCGUAUCAUUAGCAGUUGAUCAACAGGUUUGCGCACAGCCAACAGCCAGGACAGGACAUCCAGUUGCCACGCUCCUCGAAAUCUGUUUCACACCGGUCAAGUGAGAGCGCUAUAAUUGAAUUGCACUCGUGCCCGUAAAUUCACUUAAAAACGCUAUUUCAUGUCGAAAAAAAUUCUAUAAAAGAGUGCGCAGCAAACCCGAAAUAAAAUUGUAAAACGCUGGCCACAGUUUCCGCUGGCCUCAAUAAUAAUUCGUACGCUAAAAUCGCGAGGAGAUAUAUAGUCAGCUAUGGCUCACACUAAGACGCGGAGAACUUACGGCUUUCUGAUGGUGCUCCUCAUCCUGGGCAGCGCUUGCGGUAAUUUGGUGGCCAGUGGUAGUGCUGGCAGUCCACCCUCUAAUGAACCAGGAGGCGGAGGCCUGUCCGAACAGGUGGUACUGGACCAACUUAGCGAGAGCGACCUGUACGGCAACAAUAAGCGCGCCUGGCAGUCGCUGCAGAGCUCGUGGGGCAAGCGGUCCUCCAGCGGAGACGUCAGCGAUCCGGACAUCUACAUGACCGGCCACUUUGUUCCGCUGGUAAUCACGGAUGGCACGAACACCAUCGAUUGGGACACCUUCGAGCGGCUGGCCAGUGGACAAUCCGCACAGCAGCAGCAGCAACAGCCGCUCCAGCAGCAAUCGCAAUCUGGCGAGGAUUUCGAUGAUCUCGCAGGCGAGCCGGAUGUGGAAAAGCGGGCCUGGAAGAGCAUGAACGUCGCUUGGGGAAAGAGGAGGCAGGCGCAGGGCUGGAACAAGUUCAGGGGCGCCUGGGGUAAGCGCGAACCCACAUGGAACAACCUGAAGGGCAUGUGGGGCAAACGCGACCAGUGGCAGAAGCUCCACGGCGGCUGGGGCAAGCGCUCCCAGUUGCCCAGCAACUAAUCUCGCAGAGAAUCGCCGUAGCACAGGAAAACUUAACCAGACUAACUAAUCCACCUGUAUCUAACCGUAUAUAGCAUGUGUGUUUCCUCCGCGAUGGGUUUCCGUUCUUAGUGUCCAUGUCGCACUAGGUUGUCCGGAGUUUCUCCCGGUCCCGUGCCACUGAAAGUCAAUUCCGAAAAUGUAUGAAAGCGCUCGCCAGUCACCGGAUCCUGAUGACCGGCGAUCCGUAUCGCCGCCUCGAUCAUCCAGUAUUAUACGCAUUACAUACAUAUAUGUCGGUAUGUCUAGUCAACUAUGUAUCUACUCUAGCACCUAGUCUCCACGUAUACAAGAGGAACUUUCGGAAGAAUAUCGCUUUAAUUUAGAAACGUUAACUAAGUUAAUGAAUUGUGCAUAUAUCUUUAUACUUAAAUAUACAUCAAUACAUACCAAAUGGCAACUAUUAAUACGAAAUACAAAUACGUUGAAAGU